AGCAACAAUCUAAUUUAAUUUUAUAAUUGUAAUGGAAAAAGUUAUUUUUUUAUACGAGUGAUACACAGUUUACAGUGGAGUUUACAUGGAGUGUGAAUUUAGAAUUUAAUUGAAUGUUAAAUUGUAGAGAAAAGAAAAGUUGAAAACAAAUUUCAUUUUCGUUUUUUUGUUCAAUUGUAUUCAACUAAUUCCAACAAUUAAUCAUCAACUUUUUUUCCCUGUUACUCAAUAUUUUAUAAUUCAAGAACCAGAAUUUUAUCUGAACUGUCAAUGGUGACACAAUCUCGCUUUUACCCUAAAGUAUUACAACCAACUAUUGAUUAGUUAAAUUGAUUCAGCAAAUUUCAAGUUUCUUAAUGUUUCAAUCAGCUGAUCCAUCAUCUCAUUAAUCACUGGACGGGCGUUUCAAACUACAACAAUUAAAUUGAUUAAAUAUCCAAUCUAAAUUGUAGUAAUGGCUGAAUUACCUCACAUUGGUGAUCAGUGUUCAACCUGUAAACGGUUAGAUUUCCUACCUGUUGUUUGUGCUUAUUGUAAGAAUUUAUUCUGUAAGGAUCACCUAUCAACAGAGAUUCAUCAAUGUCCGGAUUUCAUUUCAUCGGAUAGGAUUAUCAUUGAAACUCCUGAAAAGCAGGUUCAUGAAAAGUGUAAUUUCUGUUCUCAGGUUGUUAAGAAUCGACUUGAAAUGAUUAAAUGUGAUCACUGUCAAUCAAAUUUCUGCCUUUCUCAUCGCCACCCCGAGGGACAUAAAUGUUCAUCCAUAACCACAGAAACCAAAAAAACUCCAUCAGCCUUUCAACUUAUCGCCUCCGCCACCUCAUCAUCAUCAUCUACAACUAUUAAAUUAUCAUCAUUAACACCCAAAGGGCCUAAAGGAGCUAAAAAUGAUUCUCUAGCUAAAAAAGUGGCCCUGAUGAAAUUGAAACAAUCAGCUAUUGGAUUACAAUCAAUACCUCAAACUGAAAGGCUUUAUUUCAACCUCAAUUUAGGCAAUCAAACACCAUGCAAACCAAUUUACCUUUCAUCUUUCUGGUCCAUUGGGAAAUCUAUUGAUUUUAUCGCUGAGAAAUUGAAUCUAACCAACAACAAUAAUAAACCCGAUCAACCAAAAUUAAUAAUCACCACAGAAAUUGAGCAAACUCUUCCCUUUGAUUUGACAUUAGCACAAUUAGUUGAACUUGGAUCAAUUGAAACUGGACAAACAUUAUUCAUAAAAUAUAUUGAUCCAAUUAAAGGAUAAACUUAAAAAGUUAAUCGUCAACAUAAGAAACAAUCAUGACUAAUGAUAAUCGAUAACUUUACACCCACGAAAAAAGGAGAAGUGUCAACCAGUGAAAUAACAAUCCAACUAAUUACCUUAAUGAAGAAAAUAUACUCAAGUGAAUAAUUGAUGACAGAGAAAAAUUAAACUUCUAAUGUUUUAUUCAUAACUUUGAUAUGGAAACCGUUAGAUUCACAGGAAGUCAAGGAAGGUGAACAUAAGAUGACAAAAGGAAAAGUUGAUUGAUCAUUUCAUCUUUUAUUAUUCAAGUGUGAAUACGAGAUUAAAUUGAUGUGAUCAACUUUUAAUUGGAUACAAUAUAUUACACACAUGGACUUAUCCCUAAAUCAUUCACAGCAAUUUAAGUCAAGACCUUUUCAUCAAUCAAAUUAAAUUCACAUUAAGAUGAUAAGUUACAUCUCGCUCUCUAAUCAUUAAUGUAUAACAUUAAAUGAAUUGGAAAAUUAGAGGUUAUCCAUAUAUAAGAAGUCAAAUUCUUAUCCACAAUUAGCAUAAUCAUCUACAAUUAAGAGACAAUGAAUACAAUUGUUGAAGUUAAUCUCGCAAUCAAAGUAGAAACAAAGUUAUAAUCCUCGAAAGGAUUAAUGAUACUUAAUCAUCAAUUGAGCGAUUAAAAUGUGACGUAAAUUGUUAACGAAGAUUAUCAAGGAUCUUCACACUAAUUGCUGCUUAAUACAACCAAACAAUCAAAUAAAUCACUGGAAUUUAAUUGACUACAAUAUACAACAAAAAUGAACUAAUCAUCUGAUUAACACCCAAUCAAUGAGAUAGUGAAUACAAAAUAAUAAUAACAAUUAAAAGCAAACACAAAACCACAAUUUGUAUAUUUGUUUUACCCUUUAAUUGUAUUUGUUUUAUCAAUUAACUUUUAUAAUCUCAUGUUGAUUAUUGCAAUUAAAUUAUAAAACAACAAUUUAA